AUGUCUAAAAUUACGAAAAAGGAUGUUAACUCUAAAUUGGGCAAAAAGGAUGUGCUCCAAGCUGUUGUUCUUGCAGAUGACUUUACAACCAAUUUAACUCCUGUUCAGAAUGUCUAUCCAAGUAUAUUAAUGCCUGUGGUGAAUGUGCCACUGUUAGAUUACUUGAUAGAGACUCUGGUUCAGUCCAGGAUACAGGAGUUAUAUUUGUACUGCAGCAGUCAUAUAGAGAGUUUGAAGAAAUAUGUUCAAUCAAAGAACAGCGAUGAUAUUUCAAUAAACCUAAUAAUAUCUGAUGGAUGCCGAUCUCUUGGCGAUGCUCUUAGAGAUAUUGACACAAAAGGUGCAAUCCGUGGAGAUUUUAUAUUAAUACGUGGUGAUGCUUUCACCAAUGCAAAUCUCAAAAAUCUUCUGGAACUACAUCGCGUUAGAAUUGAAAAAGAUAAAGGUGCUGCAAUGACAUUAUUAUUAAGGGAUGUUGGCUCUACAAAUAUUCCAUCCCUUAUUGAAGAAAGCAGCUUAGUUGUUGCUGAUGGCUCUAAUAAUAAAGUACUUUUCUAUAAGAAGCUUGCCAAGGACGAGAAGAAAGUUAAACUAGAAUUGGAGUGGUUCCUUGAUCAUGACAAAAUUGAGAUUAAUACUGGUCUUUUAGACACACAUAUUUAUUUGUGCUCUCCAGCAGUUCCGCCAUUAUUCUCAGAUAAUUUUGAUUUCCAGACAAUGGAAGAUUUUAUUCGAGGAGUUCUCAUGAAUGAGGAAAUUCUUGAUUCGCGUAUUUACUGGCAACGUUUAGAUUCUGAAGAGUAUGCACUUCCAGUGACGUCUUGGCGAGCUUAUCACAUGCUCAGUCGAGAAAUCUUACAACGACACAGCUAUCCACUCACUCCUGACACCCUAUCCUUUGUAAGAAAUUUUACCUAUUUAUCUAGAAGUACAUAUAGACACAGAAAUGCCGUACUAGCUAGAGGUUGUGUUAUUCAACGCGAUUCAAUAGUGGGUCCGAAUAGUAUGCUUGGCAAAGACACUUUCAUUACGAGAUCUACAAUUGGUAAUAAUUGUAUAGUAGGUGCUAAUGUACAAAUAGAAAAUUCAUAUAUUCUGUCUAAUGUAUUCAUCACUGACAACUGCAUGAUUAAAAAUAGUAUAAUCUUUUCCAAUUGCCAGUUGGAUAAAAAAGUUAAUUUAGAUGCUUGUAUAUUAUCCCCAUCUGUUCACCUGAAGAGCAAUAGUUCAUAUGUGGAUUCAGUACUUGAGUAUGAAUCUGGAAAAUUGAAUGUAACCAAAAUAUCAGAAUUGAAUUUGGACACGGAUAAGGAGUUACUGUACUUCACAUGCAAAGAGAGUAAAGAUGGUAAAGAUUGCGAUGGAUACUCGACGGAUUCUGAGGAUUCAAGCAGUGAAGAUGAUUCAGCACCUGCUUCUCCUUUACCAGACGACACGAAUAUGUUCCUGUCUGAAGUUAUUGAUAGCCUUCUUCGUGGCUAUCAGGACGGACUAAAUUGUGAGAAUUUAAUUCUGGAAAUAAAUUCAUCGCGAUAUGCAUACAACGUUAGCAUCCGAGAAGUGUCCUACAAUGUCAUCAAGGCUAUACUGAGUCUACCCUUACAUUACCUGUCGGAUCAAAAGAGUCCAAUAAACCAAGCAAAUUAUCAGAGUACCUUAAAGAAGAUGAUUUCCUAUUUCUUUACAAUUAUUCAGAAUUAUAUCAAGACUGAGGAUGCUCAGGAUGACUGUCUAAAAGCCAUGGAGGAAGCAGCUACCACAAUUCAGGAGUUACUCUCCUUUAUGCAACGACUCUUACAUCUCUUUUAUGAGCGGGAUAUCCUUUCCGAGGAAAAGAUCUUGGAGUGGUACGAACUCAACGGUGACAAUGAGAAUGAAGUGCAAAGUUUGGAAAUAAAAAAAGCCGUGGGACCAUUCAUCAAAUGGUUGAAGGAAGCGGAGGAAGAUUCUUCAGAUAAUGAGGAGGAUUAACUUAAUAGUGAGAAUGUGAAAUAUUUUGAAGUUUAAUAACUAUGAAAUUUUGUUAUCAUAGUACACGCUACUACUUAUGUAUGAUACACCGAUUUGUGAAUAAUAAUACAAGAUAUUCUCUUUAAUUUUACAUA